AAAAUUACCUGAUCCCAGGUUUCUUUUAACUUUCAAAUAAAUUGAAAAACUUUUUAAACUUUAUUUCAAUUUUUUUAAACAUUAAAAAUGAUGUUAAAAGUAUUCGCCUUCGAGUGUCUCUUUGUUGCAAUUGUAAUCUGUAAGGCAGAUAUAGAUGCGGAGGAUUUCUUAACAUCAUUUGGUUACUUAAACCGAAAUGCUUUCAAUGGAGUUUCAGUAACUGAUGCCAUUAAAGAUUAUCAGAGUUUUAACAAUCUUAAAGUCACCGGUGUUGUUGAUGCAAAUACAAAAGCUGAGAUGGCUAAACCUCGUUGUGGUAAUCCAGAUCGACACGGAUAUAAUGGCUAUUCAAAAUGGACGAAGACAACAUUAACUUAUUCAUUUAGAAAUAAAUGUGAAGAUUUAAGCGACGGUGCAGUUAGACAGACGAUUCGAGAAGCUUUUAAAGUGUGGUCUGAUGUUACGCAUUUGGCUUUUACUGAAACCAGCGGAAAAGGUGAUAUCACUAUUGGAUUUCAUCAUAAUUCCCACGGAGAUAACUCACCUUUUGACGGACCUGGACGGGUUUUAGCUCAUGCUUAUUUUCCACCAGAAGGACGUUUAUGUUUUGAUGAGGGCGAAAGAUGGGUCAUUAAAACAACUGGUACUGAUCUUUUUGAAAUUGCUAUCCAUGAGAUCGGUCAUAUCCUUGGAUUAGAACAUUCAAAUAUCCAAGGAACAAUCAUGUAUCCAUCAUACUCAGGGUAUCGACCUAAUUUGCAGUUACAUUACGACGAUCGAAGACGCAUUCAGCAAAUGUACGGCAUAAAAACCGGAACUGGUACUGGAACUGGCACUGGAACUGGCACUGGAACUGGCACUGGAACUGGCACUGGAACUGGUACCGGAACUGGUACCGGAACUGGUACUGGUACUGGAACUGGAAGUUGUACAGAUAAAGUAAUUGAUUGUUCUAAAAAUCUCGCUUAUUGCAGAUCUCCUCCACAAUGGCAUGAGUACAUGAAAGUAUCAUGUGCUAAAUCUUGCAGAUUUUGUUAAUAUAAUAAAGCAUUAAUUUUGAAAAGACGUCUGUAAUAAGAAUUUGUUGAACAUUUUACAAAAUAAUAUGACUCAUUUUGUAGAGCA